AUGCAUUUUUCAAUUGUGUAUCGGGUCUUUAUUUUGGUUGCGUCUGUAGUCACAGCCAAAAUCAUUUCCAAAAGCAAUUUCUGUUCUCAGCAAGACAUUUACGGUAAUGAUUUUUCAGGCGUCAUUGUCCAACAUCAAUACACGGUAGACUACCCACCCCAAAACCACCUCAGAGUGACCCGAUGUCACAAGGGCAAAGACCGACCCUACGAUGCGUUCCUGCCUCUGCCACAGUCGCAGGAUAUUAAAUGGGGACAAAAGUUUUGCACGGGCAAUAAAGAUAAAAAAGCCGUGUGCUAUAUUCUGGCACGUCACAAAACAACCUCCCGCCGCGUAGUUAGCUUGUACCCGGCAGGCGAAUGGGUCGGCGGAAUAUUUCUGUGUCCGGGACACCUACUAGACGACGGCGAGCCGUGUGUCAAUGAAAAUGCAGUCCCUCUAUGGCCUCUUGUUGCCAGCAAGUUUGCACACUUUGAAGAGAUUCACAUCAGCUCGACCUUGACGCGUGCACCCAUUCUGGUGUCUGCGGAUCCCAGCGACCCUACAAACAACAUUCCUGUCAACUGGGCAAACUUCAUUGACGUUUACGAGGAGUAUGUUUACCAGUAUGGGAGCUGGGAACCGCAGCGCAUGAUGGGGGACCUGGCCAUCAACACGUUCCGUUCCGUCAGUGAUAUGGCCAAGUCGCCGUUCUUCCCUCGAACAAACCGUGUAUACUUUGAUCCUGGUGACUACCGUCCGCGCCGCUUGGUACGUGUAUUAGAACCCAGACGACUUCCCGAAGAGGACCCAGACAAUUUUGAUCGGCGCUUGUCAUCGGCAUAUUUUGAUCUGCCAACGUUGGAUGGUGAUGACUACAAGAAGGCUCUAAUUUCAAUUACAAGCACUCAAAAUAAUGACAAUAAAAAGGAUAAGAAAAUUGAAUUACCAAUUACUAUGGGGUCUCUAGUUCAGUUGAGUUACCAUGUUCCUCGGAGUAUAUUUGAUAAUCUUCUUCAAGCAAUCUACACUUAUAACUCUGUGGAAACUGCGGCUCUAAACGUGAAUGACUCAAAAUAUCAACAUCCAGCCCCCUUUCGAAAUCCUUCCAUUAGUCUUGAUCAAAUUACGCUUCAGUCCUAA